CCUGCCCUCUGGCGCUGCGCUCGUCUCCUCACUCUUCUCCGCGGUGCGCGCGGCCGAAGGUCGCCGGGAGUCGGGAGCGCGCGGGCGAGAGCGCGCGGUCGGUCGGUCGGACCGGGUUAGUACGGCCCUGACGGGACCGAGCGGCCAAGCAAAGGGCACCCCCCUUUCUUUCUCCCCUGUCCUUCUUCCCCUUUAAAUCCCCGCCACGGGGGCCUAGACGGGCGCAUGGAGCCUCCUCCGCUGCCCACGCCUGGGAGGAAGGAGCAGCAGCAGCAGCUGAGGAGCCUUCGCGGUGUGGAGGUAAAGGGAGGCCAGAAAGUGCCAUGUGAACUGAGCCUAUCACAGUGCGGUGAAGAAUAUGUUUUCACUAUCCGUUCCCAGGAGGACCCCAGUGUUCAAGAGAGGAUUCCCAUCAACAGUCGUUUUAAGUGUGUGCAAGAGGCUGAAGAAACUCUGCUGAUUGACAUAACAGCAAACACUGGCUGCAAGAUCCGAGUGCAGGGGGAUUGGACAGCAGAGCACCUCUUUGAGAUCCCAGAUGAGGAGCAGUGUUUGGGAUUCCUCGCCGAGGUUCUGAGAGUCCAAGAAGGAAUUCUGGGAUUCGAGGAUAGCUUCAGUGUUAUGAGUAUGGAGAAGAAAAGAAACCUGCAGAAUCAGCAAAUGAGUGCCCGCCGGGAGCCUCCACCACCACCGCUGCCACCAAGCAGGCCGCGUAUGAGCAAGGACCAACCCAAAGUGACCAACACCAUGCGCAAGCUCUUUGUGCCUUCCACACAUACGCAGUCUGGACAGAGAGAGGGACUCAUCAAGCACGUCCUCGCCAAGAGAGAGAAGGAAUAUGUCAACAUCCAGAAUUUCAGGUUUUUCGUGGGGACAUGGAAUGUGAAUGGGCAGUCUCCAGACAGUGGAUUGGAACCUUGGCUGAACUGUGACCCUGAACCCCCAGAUAUCUACUGCAUUGGGUUCCAGGAGCUGGACCUGAGCACAGAGGCUUUCUUCUACUUUGACUCAACAAAGGAGCAAGAGUGGCUGACAGCUGUGGAAAAGGCUCUGCAUUCCAAAUCCAAGUACAAGAAAGUGCAGCUGGUGCGUCUAGUCGGGAUGAUGUUGCUCAUCUUUGUCAGGAAGGACCAGCUCAGCCACAUCAAGGAAGUGAUGACGGAGACAGUGGGCACAGGCAUCAUGGGGAAGAUGGGUAAUAAGGGGGGUGUGGCCGUGAGGUUUGUCUUCCACAAUACCAGCUUCUGCAUUGUCAAUUCCCACCUUGCUGCCCACGUGGAAGACUUCGAGCGCCGAAACCAGGAUUACAAGGAUAUCUGUGCCCGGAUGAGCUUCCUGCCCCCUGACCAGGGUCUGCCGCAGCUGACAAUCAUGAAACACGACAUUGUCAUCUGGUUGGGUGAUCUGAACUACAGGCUUUGCCUUCCUGAUGCCAACGACGUGAAAACUCUGAUCACUAAAAAUGAGCUUCAGAGACUUCUGACCUAUGACCAGCUGAACAUUCAGCGUACCCAAAAGACAGCUUUUGCUGAUUUCACAGAGGGAGAGAUCAAGUUCAUCCCGACGUACAAAUUCGACUCUAAAACAGAUCGCUGGGAUUCCAGUGGGAAGUGCCGUGUGCCAGCAUGGUGUGACCGAAUCCUCUGGAGAGGAGGCAGCGUGAAUCAGCUCAGCUACCGAAGCCACAUGGAAUUGAAAACGAGCGACCACAAGCCCGUCAGCUCCCUCUUCCUCAUAGGGGUGAAGGUUGUGGAUGACCGCCGGUACCGGAAAGUGUUUGAGGAUAUUGUUCGGUUGAUGGACAGAAUGGAGAAUGAAUUCCUUCCCUCACUGGAGCUCAGCAGGAGGGAGUUUUCGUUUGAGAAUGUGAAGUUCCGGCAGCUGCAGAAGGAGAAGUUCCAGAUCACAAACAACGGGCAGGUCACCCUCCAUUUCUCCUUCAUCCCCAAACUCAAUGACAGCCACUAUUGUAAGCCAUGGCUUCGCGCUGAGCCCUGCGAGGGAUACUUGGAGCCCAAUGAGACGGUGGACAUCUCCCUGGAUGUGUACGUCAGCAAGGACUCUGUGACGCUUCUCAAUUCGGGAGAAGAUAAGAUUGAGGAUAUCCUCGUCCUUCACCUUGACCGUGGCAAGGACUAUUUCCUCACCAUCAGUGGGAGCUACCUACCAAGCUGCUUCGGGACCUCCUUGGAAGCCUUGUGUCGGAUGAGGCAGCCGAUCCGCGAAGUCCCCGUCACCAAACUUAUUGACCUGGGAGAAGACAGCUUCCUAGAAAAGGAGAAGCAGUUUCUGGAUAUAGUAUCCCAGGAUGGUGAUGACUCCACUGAGCGGCCUUUGCACAUACCCAAGGAGAUAUGGCUCUUGGUGGACCACCUCUUCAAGAAUGCCUGCCACCAGGAGGACCUCUUCCAGACCCCGGGCAUGCAGGACGAGCUGCAGGAGAUAAUUGAGUGCCUGGACACCAGCAUUCCCGAGAUGAUCCCUGGCAGUAACCACUCGGUGGCCGAAGCUCUGCUCAUCUUCCUGGAGGCACUGCCAGAACCGGUCAUUUGCUAUGAACUGUAUCAGCGCUGCCUGGAGUGCUCACAUGACAGCCGCCUCUGUCGCCAGGUGAUCUGCCAGUUGCCACGGUCGCACCGGAACGUGUUCCGCUACGUGAUGGCUUUCCUGCGGGAGCUGCUGAAAUACUCCGAGAGCAACAACGUCAGUGCCAAUAUGCUAGCCACCCUCUUCGCCAGCCUCCUGCUACGGCCUCCGCCCAAUGUUCUGUCGAAGCCGAACCCACAGGAGCGCCAGCGUGCCAUCAGCUUCCUCCUGGGCUUCCUGCUGGGGGCAGAUGACUACUAAAGGUGCCAAGCGUGGGCUCCACGCCAGCCACAAGGCAGCCUGGAGACGAAGUUGGGAGGGAACAGGCAAGGCCCAGCCUCUGUUCUCUGGUGCCACGGGGGUGAAUCAGUUUCCUGCCCUUCCCAUUGUGCCAUCUUGCCAUGUGCAAGCUCCCUUCCCUGUGCUUCGCCCUUCCCACCUUUUCCUCUUGACUCCUGACACUGUUUUCCACAUGGUUCCAGGGCAUUGGCAGGUUAAGGGUGCUUUGGGAGGGACCCUGUUGGAGGACAGUCAUUCCCCUGCUCUCAGUCCCUGUGCAGUAUUCCACUCCCUCCCCUUCUGCUGCAGCUGAGCAUGUGAUAAACUUGGUGGGUACAAGGGAUAAGGACUCCUAGCCUGUCCUGGGAUUGCAGGGCCUCUUUCUCUGCCCCCCCCCCCAACUCGUUGAUGCUGGUUGAGAAGGGGCAGGGCACCUAAUGUGGCCCACAUACUACUUAGCCUGCUCUGUAUAGUUCAGAUAUCUGUCCCCAUUCUGCCAAGUAGAGUGUGUGACGCAUAUUCAUAGUCCUACCGGCCGUCGUGCCCCCCCCCCUUCUAUGGUGUUAAUUCUUCAUGAAACACUAAGCACUGCCUAAAGGGAUCAGGGAGGAUGAGAGGGUGCAGGCUGGGAAGCAGGAGGGGAGUUGAGGCAGUGGGUACAGCUGGGUUGGUAUGGGCUCCCCACCCGACCCCAAGUUCUCCAACUUUGUCUUUCUGGUUUUCUGUCCUGGAUUCCUGUACUUGGUGCACUCUCUCUCUUUUUUAAAUUGUAUAAUUUAUUGGAAAACUGUUGUUUCAAAAUAAAAUAUCCAUUGUGCAAAGAUUGUUCUGGUGUUUGGAGGGGAGCCACACUUGCCUUUGCUGGAUUCUCCACUGCUCUGAAGCUCAGCCAGACCUCUCAAAUGAAGCCUUCUUAGGAGAGGCUGUGGGGAGGGGGUGCUGCAUGGGGCAUCAGGUUGUGCAGAUACCGUGGAAUAUGAUUUAGCUCUUAACAACAAGGCUUGCAGGUGCAUUGCUUUCCCAAGGUGUUUCUAAAUUGCUUUCCUUCCUCAUACCCCUUUGAAGCUUGUGAGCUUUUGGAGGGUGAGAGCAACUUUUAAACAAACAAACAAACAAACAAACAAACAACACACACACACACAACUCUGCUUCCAGCUUGCAAGUUUCAGCCCAGCAGCAGCAGCUGGCUGCGAAUUAUUGCAUAGACUCUUGAGGGGAGGUCUGCCCUCCCCUCUCCCCAUUAACCUUUGUCUCCAGGGCUCAGUGGUAGGAGGGAGAACAGAGGAAGAAAAUGAACUGGGCUUGGCUUAAGUGGGGGGGGGGGGUUAUGAGAGCAUAUGUGCACCUGGUGCCAAGGGAUAAGGCUGCAGAACUGAGCAGAGCACACUUAAGAGCAGGAGGAGCUGAGCCCUGCUCCCGCCACCACCAACAGCAACUCCUAGAUGUCCAGUUGUUCUUCUCAAGGGAGUCCAAAAAAAUGACCAAAGGAGACUGGAGCUCUGAGAGCAGGUAUGGAGACUGCAGAGUCUGGAUGGGAGAUCUUUUAUUAUUUAUUUUCAUUUGAAGCGGAGUGGAGUGGAGACUAGAUGGAUUACUUUGAGGGGAUGCAGGUGGAGAGCAGCGGAACGGGAUUGGGAACUUCCCCCUUCCCCACUGAAAGAAUCCAACUGGGCAGGGCCAACCUGCGCAUGAAGCGUUGCGAGGCCAUUGCCUCAAGCAGUAGAUCCAGGUCCAUAGAGCACCAUGCUUGCAGCCAUGUCACUAUUGUGACCACCAUGACCACGGUCAUGCCCUUGUGAGUGUUUCACCAACAACCUGUUCCUCUCCAGCCUCCUUUCCUGAAGGAGAAGCCAAGGGCUGGAGGAGGAAGCAGAGGCAGGGCUCAGGGUGUUUCUGCCUCAAGCAAAAACAUCCUAGGCUUUUCCUGGGAGUGGACAUUAGAAAUUGCUUUCGAUAUGGAAAAGAGUGGAAUGAAGGAAAGUGGGGGGAGGGGAGUGUGUUAAAGGAAAAUGGAUGAGUUUUCCAAAUUAAAAUUGGGAUUGAAGACAGAGCUCUAUUUAUUCACAAAAGGGGCUUCUGCCCAGUGGAAUUUUCAGCUCCCUACACCCCAGCAUCUUAAAACACAAGAAGAGCUUGGGAGAUAAAUAUUGUGUAUAAGAUAGAUGUUUGGAAUGGUCUGUCCUUGGUGUGAAAAGAGGAUCCUUGCAAUAUUUACUUUGGUGAACUACAACUCCCACGACAACAACUCUGAAGGUGGCACAGAUGUUCAGAGCGGGGUGCUGAUAAUGCCAAGGUCAUAAGUUUGAUCCCUGUAUAGACCAACUGCAUUAUUCCUGCAUUGUAGGGGAUUGAACUAGAUCAGUGGUUCCCAAUUAGCUAAUUACUGAAGACCCCUUAUAUUUCCAAAGCCAAGCCACAGGCCCCCUACUUUUGAAAAUUUUGAUAAAACUAUGGUAGUUACCUCUGCAAAGCAAUUUUUUGAACAAAAUGUGGGGUAAUAAGCAAAGGAUUUUAGGUAUACUAAAAAA